AGUGGCGGCUCCUCCACCCCAACACAGUCUCACACUCCAGACAGCCUGAUGUCUGGGGGCAGUUUCUCUGGGAUGUCUUCGUGGUCUGGGUAUGCCCUACAUGGCGGAGGCUAUGCGCCUGGCUUCAGGAUUCCAGAAAAACUACAGAUAGUCAAACCCAUAGAAGGUUCAGCUACCUUGCACCAGUGGCAAAGGUUAGCCACCCCCCACUUGGGUGGGAUAUUUGAGGAGCGCCCAGGAGUGCAGACAAAAGGGGAGAGGAAGCUGGAUAUGGAAGAAGAGGUCUACAGUCUCAGUGACUUUGAGGAAGAUGAGGUCUGCAACCCCGGAAAGUGCUGUGAGCUUGCCAGCUUCACCUUCACACUCACAGACUCGAAAAUCAUCCAUCCUGACCAGAAUUAUGCCCCUGUGGCAGAAACUGUGGUCACCUCUAGCGCCAAAGGCUCAAUAAGCUCUGUGUCUUCAGUGCCAAACCUACUCAGUCCACAGGGGAACAAAGGUACUUCUACCUUCAGCAUGUCACUGGGCCUUGCAGCCACACUGCAGGAGCGGGGCAUAACAGCAGCAAAGACUUGGGAAGAAACACUUUUGAACCAACAAGGGAAACAGACACUUGGUGACAAGGAUGGUUUGGACAAACCAACAGAAGGCAGCCCUAUAAGAUAUAAUUACUCUCUCAGCAACUUGCCAGGAAGAUUCCCAAGUAUUGUGACUGAGACAAUUUAUGAUGCUACCAAGAUGGCGUCUCGCUCCAGCGCCAUCUAUACUAGUGCAACAACGAAUUGUACCUACAGCACCACAGCAUCUGGACUGUCUUCCUUUCCUAGUCUUGGAACGAUGAUGUCUUCAUCCGCCAGCACUGGCUCUUUAGCCAGCAGUUCUGUCACAAAACCAGCCUCAGCAUUAGACCUUACUCAUGUCAGUAUCAUGGAUAAAAUAUUGAACAUUGGUAUCAGUAGAAUAAUGACAUCAGACAGUAAUGAUGACAUCAAAAAGGACUCCACAGGAUCACACCAUGAUCCUCACAAUUCCAAGCCCCCACUAGCACCUCUCAGUAUUCAGAUCGAUUCCCCAACUGAGACCCAAGGGAGCAAAGAACCAUCUACUCCGCCAAACUCCCCAACAUUCAUGAUCUCCAAUCCGUUAUUACAGCUGAAUAAGCUUCAGUUUGCCAGAGGCCCUGAGCUUGGGAUUUACGGAAGCAUGCCUGGAGUUAACCCCAGGAAAAUAUCCAAAUCCAAAACCCAUGAAGAAUUGGGAGCAACCGGUGGGCACUAGUACAUUACUGUUUAUGAGUUAAAAAACAAAGAAAUAAAAUACACUAACUAAUAGUUGAUUGCACUAUGUUAAGCAAUAGGAAACCUUUGCCUAUGGGGAAAAAUAUUGAUAUAGGAUAUUGUAAACAUAGGAGACCCUGCAGUCUUACUUUCUUGCACAUCAGUGUAUUCUUUGCUAUAUAUAUAUCCUGCACAUGACUUUUUGUAAGCAUUUAAUAAGGCAGUGAAAACUACUAUUAAAGCAGAUUUAUCAAAAGACUGUAAAAUAAGCAAUUUUAAUUCAUGUGCACUGUUGUAUUGUUUUACAUGAGAGGUUAAUGUGAGGUAAUGAUUGUGGAUUUUAGACAACAAGAAUGUCUCUAGUCAUUUUAUGUUUAACUUAUCUAUGCUUAUGUUUUUGGUAUCAGCAGGGUAUGUCCUAAUUUUUUUAUGCAUCUGCUUGAAUUUUUAUUAUGCAAGAUCAUGCUAAAAUAGCUUUAUACUUAUUUGUAUAUUGCAAAUUUUGUUGCAAGUGUAAAUAGCUGUAAGUUUAAGCUUAUCAUUGUGGUGACAUUUAUCCCAGUUGUACAAUUGUACAUAUUUCUGGAAGAUUUUUAUUUGUAAAUGGUCUUACGUAGUUUUCUUAUUGUUAAAUUUUGUUAUCAGGGAUAGGACCUCGAAGGCAUUCCUGUCUCAAACUGAAUGUGAUACUUGCUAAAAUGGAUAUUUCAGGCUCAGUUAGAAACCUUGAUUCAAU